AUGGUCUCUUCCAACCCAGCUCCGAGUCGGGACUCGCUCGCAACUACAUCCAGACCGUCGCUCGCGUUGUUGAAUCGUCGUAGCGCGCCGAAGAGCCGGGAACCCCUCAUGGACAAAACUAUCCCCAACGUCGCGAACAGGUCGUCUCAGGGACGGGAUGUGCCUACCGGUAAACUGGGCUUAGGGAAGGCAAGGGAUGAAGACAACAAGAUGCGAGUUGUCGGAAACCCCGGCGCGGACGCGGAAGAACUCGACCACACGGAGUCACUCGAACGAUCCCUCGCCUUCGCAGUCAGGGCGCGCGCCAGCGGAUCCGGCCUCCCCCGCAACGUCGCAGAACUCAAGCGAAUGAUUGACGUCGCGCCGGACAACGACGCGGAAACCGCUGAGCUCUUCGCGGAGUUGGUGUCUCGGAAGAUACAUCUAGACCGCCGGCUACAGACUCAAGUAAGCAGAUUCCUGGAUCAGGAGCCGGAAGUGCAGCACUGGUCAGCGGGCAAGAACAACCCGGACAAGAACGCAAACCCGGACCUGACGGAGGAGCAGCGUCUCCUGGGCCCCUGGGUCGAGCGCAUGGCUGCCUACCGCAGGUACCACGGCAAGUCUCGCGAAAGUGCAUCCAACCAGGGCGCGGCGCCCGUCAGGGGACGAAAGUCUUGCACCGCCCGGUCGUUGCGCGACAUACUGCUCGCUCACCGCGGCGAGAUAGCGCUGCACAAGGAAUGCUACGCCUACGGCAUCCCCUACCACCGGCCACGUACGCUACGCCUGCACGGGGAGAACACGCCGGUGGAUGGCAGGUUCGGGAGGCCGCGCAGGCUCCACUCUUUGCGUAACUUGACCUCUGACUUGAGUCGCAAGCUCCUCCCUCAGAAGCAGGCCCGACGACGCGGGCCGCCUAUGAGCAUCGCUCUACGCGAGGCUCUGGAAGAUCUCGCGUUGAUGUAAUCGCUCUCCCACCCUCCUUUCACGUUAUGACUAUGCCCCUAGUCUCCCACACUCCUUCAUAUCGCGUAUCUCUAUGGACCCGACUCGUUACCCC